AUUAUCUUCUCUUACGGUAUUUAUAUUCAUGCAACCAAAUAGGCAGCUAAGGCAAUAAAUAUGGUAGUUGAGAAAAUUCUGGAAAUAUAGUUGGGACGAGGAAGGAUCUAGACACGACGGGUUGUCGAUCAUUAGCUAAGUAAAACGUACCAUGGAUCUCAUCGAUCAUAACUGAUUAUUACAAGAGUUAUUAUAAAGGUGGAUUGAUCGAGCUUCAAUUUAUUACGGAGUUUGAUCACGCGCGCACAUACUGAGAAUGGCGAAAUCAUAUGAAGAAGAGCACCCAGUGAAGGCCUUUGGAUAUGCAGCAAGGGACACCUCUGGGGUUCUUUCCCCUUUCAAGUUUUCAAGGAGAGCGACGGGCGAGAAGGAUGUGCAAUUCAAGGUUCUCUACUGCGGCAUCUGUCACUCGGAUCUCCAUCAGCUCAAAAAUGAAUGGGGCUUCACUCAGUAUCCCAUUGUGCCUGGACACGAAAUUGUGGGCAUUGUGACUGAGGUAGGCAGCAAGGUAGAGAAAUUCAAGGUUGGUGACAAAGUGGGUGUGGGAUGCUUAGUGGGGUCCUGCCGUACGUGUGACAACUGUGCGAGCGAUCUCGAGAAUUACUGUCCCAAACAGGUGCAAACUUAUAAUGCUUUUGGAACCACCACGUACGGUGGUUACUCCGACAUCAUGGUUGCAGACGAGCACUUCGUGGUACGCUGGCCCGACAGCCUGCCUAUGGAAGCCGCUCCUCUGCUCUGUGCUGGAAUAACCACUUAUAGCCCGUUAAAAUACUUUGGACUUGACAAGCCUGGGAUGCACAUUGGUGUUGUUGGUCUGGGUGGGCUUGGCCAUAUGGCUGUUAAGUAUGUAAAAGCUUUUGGCUCAAAGGUGACGGUUAUUAGCACUUCCCUGAGUAAGAAGCAGGAAGCUAUUGACCGAUUGGGCGCCGAUGCAUUCUUGGUUAGCCGUGAUCCUGAGCAACUAAAGGCGGGAAUGAACACGUUGGAUGGCAUUAUCAACACGGUUUCUGCAGUACAUCCUCUUUUGCCAUUGCUUGGCUUGUUGAAAUCCAACGGGAAGAUGGUCAUGGUUGGAGCACCUGAAAAACCACUUGAUCUGCCUGUUUUCCCACUAAUUAUGGGUAGAAAGCUUAUAGCUGGGAGCUGCAUUGGAGGGAUAAAGGAGACACAAGAAAUGUUAGAUUUCUCUGCAAUGCACAACAUAACACCUGAUGUGGAGGUUGUUCCUAUGGACUAUGUUAACACAGCGCUGGACCGCCUGCUGAAAUCUGAUGUGAGAUACAGAUUUGUUCUGAACAUUGGCAAAUCUUUGAACUCUUCUUAGGACCAAAUUAAGAUUAGUGAGAGCGUUGCUUCCUCAGUAAAGCAAUAUUUGUGCCUAGCUCUUAUCUAUAUUUUGGUAACACCGUGAAUUUUGUGGAGAUGGAUUUUUUUCUUUUAAUGUAAACGUAUUUAUCUUGCUGUUUCAAAUCCUAGACCGGAUUUAAGAUAUUAAACUGAACGGCCGCAGUUCGAUUAUUUGAACAUCAUGUCUUGUACGAAGCAAUGCAUUUCACGAUACUAGUAACUCAGAAGUAAGCAUCUCGUUAUCAGGUUUGAAGUAUACAAAAAAC